AUGGCCAAGCUAAGCGACCUGCCCGCCGAGGCAGUCCGGCUCAUAGUCCAGUGCUUGUCCUCGCCACCCGCCAACCCACCCCCCAACACCAACAAGGCCCAUCGCAGCUUCAGCCUCGACCACACCGAGAUCGAACCGCUCCAAGCACUCCCGAGGCGGCAUUGGCAUGACUACCCCCCUCCGCCCCCAAACAAACUCCCAAAGAAUCCCUUGUUGUCGCUCGCGCUGGUCAGCCCGACCUUUCGAGAGUGCGCCCAGGAGACGCUCUUCAGCAACGUGGCUUUUGACAACCCAUGGGAGGCAAGUUUAUUCCUUCGGACGCUUACUCGCCCCUCCGCAGAGGACGAGCUCCGGAUGGCGGAGGAAAAGGACGAGGUCGAGAGCGCCCGCGCAUUGGCAAUCGGCCGUCGCCCGCGUCUGCACAGGUUAGCCGCACACGUUCGCUCGCUACAGUUCCUGUGGGGCGGGCCCUGCUCGAUGGGCAUGGGCGGCGGCUCGGUGUUCUGUGAGGUCCUGUACUGCUGCCCCCACCUAGAGAGCCUCGCGAUCAGCGUAUGCUUCUUGAGCCGAUUCAAGGAGCCUAUCAUGGAAGCCCUCGCCAGCCGUCGAACCAUCACAAAGUUUCUCCUCCUCCAGAACCCUGACCGAGACACCCCAGGCUGGCUGGCCGAAGACAUCGUCGGGCGCUUGUUUUCCAGCUGGAAAGACCUCAAGAUUCGACAACUACAUUACCUAUCUCUAUUCCCCAACCAAAGCUCCGUGCCCAACACCUUCCUCGCAUCUUUCUGA